AUGCAAUUAGUGCAUUACAAGUACUAGUUAAGCGUAAUAGGCUGACUUGAUAUUGUGUUUUAUAUUUAGUCUAAUUCCUUAGUCUGUUUGUUUAGUUAUUGUUCGAAAGCAAGCCCCCCGAGUUGAGAUCUUUUAUUUCUCGGGAGUAGAGCACGCCCCGACUCGCUACUAUUGUUGGAGACUAAAAGCCUUUACUUAAUGUAGUCAGUUCUCACGUCUGUGACACUGUUUAGGUUUGGAGCAAUCCCGUGCAGCUUAUCCCGAGAUCAAACACCAUCCGCUUUAAUAGAGUGCAUCAGCCGGCGGACGAUCACAUCUGACAAGUCUUGCAGUGCGGCAGUACUGCGACCGCGACCAUGUUCGCACCGUUACCAGCGCUCAGCUUUAGCGCACACCAAAUCGCCCAGGUCUGCGAGACGUUAGAGGAAAGCGGAGAUGUUGAACGCUUGGCCAGAUUUCUUUGGUCCUUGCCUGUGGCUCCGGGAACAUUGGAGGCUCUGGGGAAACACGAAAGUGUACUCCGGGCUCGCGCUAUAGUCGCAUUCCACAUGGGAAAUUUUCGAGACUUGUAUCACAUACUAGAGACGCAUCGGUUUACGAGGGAGUCGCACGCUAAACUGCAAGCGAUGUGGCUUGAAGCGCACUAUCAAGAGGCAGAACGUCUGAGAGGUAGACCGUUAGGUCCGGUGGACAAAUAUCGUGUUAGAAAAAAGUUUCCUUUGCCCAGAACAAUCUGGGACGGAGAGCAAAAGACUCAUUGCUUUAAGGAAAGGACUCGGAGCUUACUGCGUGAAUGGUAUCUACAAGACCCGUAUCCGAAUCCGACUAAGAAGCGCGAACUAGCGCAAGCAACAGGACUGACUCCAACACAGGUCGGCAACUGGUUCAAGAAUAGGCGGCAAAGAGAUCGAGCCGCUGCUGCUAAAAACAGAAUGAGUCAACAACAAGGGACGGAUUUGAGUCACUGUAAACCGCCUUUGAGUCCUGACGAACUUUCAUUGGACGAUGAAUGUAGCGACCUCCGCGAGCUAAAAAAUACCCCGGUGUCAUCACCAAACAUCACUAAACUCUCCGAGCAGCGGCCCUGACUUGCUCCGCCUUGUUAGAACUAAGAGACGAUAACAGGGCGAUAGAAGGAGAAUGACUUAAAAUAAAAUAAAAUAAAAACUCCAUUAGAAUAAUACGAGGAAAAGUUGUGUACAUGAGUAGAAGAUUUCGAAAAAGGAAGAAUAUCAAGAAAUAUAUGUAGCUUUUAGUGCCUUCGGAAAUCAAGUCACCUGUGGCGACCACGGAUCGGGGGAGAACAGACGGGGACACAUAUGUAGAAUUAGAUUGCGCUAGACACGCACUUUUAUCGGCUGUACAGAAAAAAUAACAUAUUCUUGUAAAUUGUUAGAAGAUCUUAGGUGUUAGAAUGCCUUUUAAGUCAGGAAGAUAAAAUUCCCUGUUAAUAAAACGUAGCUUGUAUUUUGGGCUGUUUUAAGCUCUUCGGUUGUACAUUUUUGGGGGCUAAGAGAAAGAACAAAUAAAAGAAAAAUAAUCAGCA